AGUGGCAAGGACUCGCACGUCUCGAACUCCCAAAAAUAAAGCAAAAGCGCAACCGGCCGUAGGGGAGCAAACGCAGCGACUAAAGCAGCAGCCUAAGCAAAUCAAGCAUCUUGGUGGUGGUGGUGGUGGUGAAGGAAAUGGUGGGGUGGCGGGUGUUGGAAGCAUUUCUACCGUUGGGAAUCAUAGCCGGCAUGCUUUGCGUGAUGGGGAAUGCUCAGUACUUUAUCCACAAAGCCGCCCAUGGCCGGCCGAAGCACAUCGGCAACGACGUCUGGGACGUGGCCAUGGAAAGACGGGACAAGAAGCUUAUGGAGAUCCUAUCCUCUCCUUCUACUCCUAAUUAACAGCCCAACCCAGGAAGCACUAUUGGUGGAGUUUUUGGAAAUAAGUUGCUCUUCAAGGUUCCCAGAUAUUGAAGUUGUAUGCAAACAAGUUGAAUUGUUGUCUCCUUCUGCAGCUUUCUUUAAGCUUUUGAACUUAGAAAAAAAAAGCAUUCAUCAAGCUGAUGUUGAUUAUGUGAAUUUGAUGGAUGAUAAAAUGACUAUAGAUGUUUGAAUAAUGUAGUACUUAACCUAUGUUUUAGUUUUACCCUAGGUCGAAUUUCCAUAGACUUUGUUGCGAUAUUUUUAGCCAAAUGGGCCAUCAAGUGGCAGCUGCUGUUCAAGAAUUUAGGGAAGAAUGGCAUGCUAUUAACCGCCCUCGUAUUUUUGUCCCAGUUGGUUGUUGAGGAGCGUUAAGGAAAAGAAGAUGAAACUUCUCUUCUUUUAGAGUACAGGGAAGAAAUGAAACGACUUAGGAUUGUUGGUGA